GAUGUACACUGUGUAUUGUGUCAACACUGUGAAUUUGUGUAUUUAUCAAAUUUAACAUAAAAAAUGAAAGUGAAGAAGGUUGUAUUGCACACCGAAGAAGCGCAAGCGUCUUCUGAAUCGAAUUCGGAAUACAAUUCAUCAGACGAAGAAUUACAAGAAGCUUAUGCGAAGGGUUUGUUGAAACCUGGUUUGAAUGUUGUAAUUGAAAAACAAAAAAGAGAACACAAAAACAGUGUUAACCUUAUGAAAAACAAACUAGAGAAAUUUAAAUUGGAAUUGCCAUGGAUCGAAAGGUUAGACAUGGUUAAUGCGCCAGCACCUUUAGCACCAGAAUUGGCAUUACAAAUGCAGGAACAGGAAGUAAGGCGUUCUAAACAGUUACAAGGGAAUAAGAAGUUACCACAGUACGAACCAACUGAAGAUCCUGUUCUGAAUGACUUUCGUAGAGAAACAAUGUUUCACAGACAAGCACAGGGUGCUGUUAUGGAUGCAAUCGCACGACUGAAAAAGCUCGGUAUUCCAACAACCAGACCCGACGAUUAUUUUGCUGAAAUGGCAAAAUCAGAUACUCAUAUGCAAAAGGUUAGACAAAACUUAAUGAGACAGCAAAUAAUAGCACAAAGGUCGGAGAAGGUCAGACAACUGAGACAACAGAGGAAAGUAGGAAAGCAAAUGCAAAUAGAAGCAACUCUGAAAAAGCAUGCGGAAAAGAGAAAAUUAUUAGAGGAGGUUAAAAAAUAUCGCAAGGGUGUGAGAAAAGACUUAGAUUUCUUAGAUGACAAAAAGAAACCUCAAGGUAAAGCAGUGAAUCAGAAGAUAGCAGCAAAGCGAAAAAUGAGGGAUGCUAAAUAUGGUUUUGGUGGGAAGAAACGUGGCAGUAAGAAGAACACAAGGGCAAGCUCUGCGGAUGUUUCAGAAUAUAGAAGGCCUUCGAAGCCAGGGAAAGAUUUGAAGAAUAAAGGGGGAAAAGGGGGGAAGUCUAAACAGAGAUUAGGAAAAAGUCGUAGAACACAGAUGAAAGCAAAGAACAGGAGACAAUAGGAACGAACUUGAUGUAAUAUGUUUUAUACGACUAAUUGACCUAAGCCACGUAUUUGUAAAAUAAUAAACUUUUACGUAAUAAACGGCUCGAGAUA